AUGAACGGCCACUCUAUUCCUCAUCUUCAUUCUACUUCUGCGCCUCGGGUCUGCCCGUUCGCUGCGAAGCAUGGCUACUGUGCCCCGCAGAAGGGGGACAGCAGGAGUGUAUGCCCUGCGCUCAACACAAUGGCGAACCACGGCUAUCUCCCGCGGAACGGCGAUGAUGUCUCCCUCCUGGACGUCAUCUGCGCGCUGCAGGAAUGCUACGGCCUGACCUGGUUUCUCGCGGCCUUUCUCGCGAUCGGAGGCUACGUCCUGCUGCACUGGUGGCCGUGGCGCGUCUUCCGCCUCGAGGAGAUCGGCAAGCACGGCGCCGUCGAGCAUGACGCGAGUCUCGUACACGAGGACGCGCGCGGGCGGCCAUUGGCCCCCACUCGCAUUCACCCACAUCUCGUGACUGCACUAGCGGAUGAGACCCUGGCCGCGUACGCGGAGGACUCUCACGAGAGCAGGGAUGCCGUUGUGUGGACGUCGUAUCACGCAGCACGCGCUCGCGUUCGUCGGGAGAAGGAGUCGCCUCCGCUCGACGCCGUUCAUGCCGAGAUCGCCCGAGGCGAAAUCGCCAUCAUGCUCUGCGUUUGGGAGUACGCGCUUGGGGAGCCGUGCGAUGAGCUGCGCGGGAUCCCGCUGGCGUGGUGGCUGAAGUUCUUGGCUGAAGAGCGUCUGCCGGAGGGCGUGGUUGGGCAUGGUGUGAGGCGCAGGGUUGGCAUACUCGAUGUCGUUCGCAAGUCUGGAGAGAUAAGGUCUGGCAUGGAGUAUAUCCGCCAGGUCCGUUCGUAG